AUGGGCGAAGACCCUAAAACCACGACUACUGCAGAAACAGCAACUACUGCUGCUACGGCUCCACUGGAUCCUGAUCCAGAUACCAUAAAGAUGUUUGUCGGUCAGAUACCUCGCCACUGGAAUGAACCUGAUUGUCGAAAACUGUUCGAAAAAUAUGGGCCCGUCUUCUCUCUGAACAUUUUACGAGAUCGUCAGACUCAAGUUAGCAGAGGAUGCUGUUUCGUUACAUUCUACCAUCGAAAGGAUGCAAUUGCAGCUCAAAGUGCUUUGCAUAACAUUGAGGUUAUUGAUGGUAUGCAUCACCCAGUCCAGAUGAAGCCGGCCGAUACGGAGAAUAGAAAUGAGAGGAAACUAUUCAUUGGUCAAUUGUCGAAAAAGCAUAACGAAGAUGAUAUCCGUAAUUAUUUUGGGAAAUUCGGUCAUAUUGAAGAAUGUACCGUAUUGAGGGAGGCGGACGGGAAGAGUAGAGGAUGCGCGUUCGUUACGUAUUCGCUUCGCACCUGUGCGCUGGCAGCUAUCAAAGAUAUGCAUCAUUCGACCACGAUGGAGGGCUGUUCCGCUCCGUUAGUGGUGAAAUUUGCUGAUACCCAGAGAGAAAAGGAAGGGAAAAAGAUGCCUGCGACAGGUGCCGGAGCAAUCACACCCGCUGCAGCCACCGGUUUGGCGUCUUUGGGAAACCAAGCGGCUCUCUUGCAGCAGCUUUCUGGAGGCGGAAUUAAUCUGCAAGCUUUGACUGCUCUGGCAGCACUGUUCAAUCCUGGAGUACAGGUGCCUCAACAGAACCUGCUCGGAGUGCUUGGAGGAGUGCUUUCGGCGUUGGGUAAACUCACGGAAGGGGGUUCCGGCGCGGUGAAUACAUCCGCCGCCGGUGCAGUUAGUGGCAACGCAUCUGCUCUUAUGCAGAAUGGGCAGAGCGCUGCUGGCAAGGCUCAGCUAGCCGCUCUUCUGCACCAAGCCCCGAUUCAGGCGCAGAAUCUUGACUCUAUUGCUCAGCUUCAGCAGGCUCACUUACAACAAGCACAUAUCGCUCAAGCGCAAGCAGCUCAGCAACAGCAACUACUUGCUAUGCAGGUGCAAGCUCAACAAGGCCAACCAACGGAUUUAUCCGCUUAUGGGUAUGCAACUGGAGCCGUAUCAACACCCGCUGUCUCGGCCCCAUUCGCAGCACAUCUAGCUCCUAUUUACCAAAGUACUCCUACAAAUGGGGUUCAAGUUGUGGCCGCAAAGGCUGCCUCCCCUGUUGGCACUGCGCUGUCGGCUGGUACUGCUGGUUUCACAGCACAGCUUGCUGGUGCAACUGCUGCCACAGGAAUUGAUCCCUACCAACAAGCAAUGCAGCAGUAUACAUUGAACGCUUUGGCUAAUCAGAUCAACCAAGGCGCGCAGGUUUCCGUCGCGGCAGCAGGCAACGGAGAUGUGAAAGGACCCGAAGGAUCGAACCUUUUCAUUUACCAUCUGCCUCAAGAUUUCGGAGAUUCCGACUUGCAAACAACCUUCUCUCCAUUUGGCACGGUAUUGUCAGCGAAAGUGUUCAUUGAUAAGGUCACUAAUCUGUCAAAGUGUUUUGGAUUCGUUUCGUAUGAUAACGCAGUUUCGGCACAAAAUGCUAUCGCUGCAAUGAAUGGAUUCCAAAUAGGAUCCAAACGAUUAAAGGUGCAACUGAAAAACGAAAGGAGUCAUCCGUAUCCAAAAGCAACCGCGUAA